AUGAGGCACAAUCAGGCUUGUUAUGAGACUCCCAAGACAGUCACCGUUCACGUGAAAUCUGCCUCCAGAUCUCUCCGUCAAAGCAAGUUUAGGUUAAGGCGUCCGCUUCAAAAAGGAAAUGUGUGCGACAACCAUGUACCAAAACGCCCGAGAGGACCGUGUCUGGUCAUCCAACGGCAAGAGAUGGCGGCUUUCUUCAAGUUAUUUGAUGAUGAUUUAAUUCAAGAUUUCUUGUGGAUGGAUUGCUGUUGCAAAAUAGCAGAUAAGUAUCUUUUAGCGAUGACCUUUGUUUAUUUCAAGAGAGCUGGAUUCCAUAUGAAUGAGUACACCCGAACCAAUUUCUUUACUGCUUUGUACCUAGCAAAUACAAUGGAAGAGGAUUACGAAGAAGCCAAGUAUGAAAUCUUCCCGUGGGCUUUAGGAAGGAAUUGGCGCAAGCUCUUUAUGGGUUUUCUGACAUCAAGAGAUCACUUAUGGUGUAGAAUAAACUACAGGGCAGCUGUGAGCAGACGCUGCUGUGAAGAGGUCAUGGCAAUAGCACCAUCACACUACAUCUGGCAGCGCGAACGAUCUGAGCACCACAGCGGAGCGCUGAGAACUUACAGUAGCAAUGAAUUCAACGUCCCCCGUGGACCUAGUGCCACACCACAAGACUGUUCCCUCUGCGGUAAGAAAGGACAGCUCUUAGGUCUGGGCCUAUCUGACGACUCAUCUUCUUCAUCUGAUUCCACAUUAUCAGUGAAAGAGCGGAUUGCAUCACACAGUACUCUGGACUCACCUGGGGACAAGAUGCUCAUCGAUCCUCCAGAAAUUUACGAUUGCUACAAAGAUAACCAAGCAAACGGCAGGACAAGGAGAUGCAUUUGUCACCAAGACAAGUCCAUGGAGUGGUUCUCGAGCAGCGAGGAGUAACGUCGCUACCUCUGAAUUUGGAAGCAGGUGCCUCAAACAUUUACAA